AUGCUCAUGCGGCAGCGUUCUCAGCACCAGCUGCCGGAAACCCUACAUCACUUCGAAGAGCAGCAGCAGCAGCAGCAGCAGCAGCAGCGGGUCUUCAUGAUGCAGCAGCAACCGCUGCACGAAGCCCCAGCGCUUCCCAUAGUUAGCUGCGCCCAGCCACCAACUGUUGCUGCUCUGAGUGAGGGAGGGGCGUACUUCUGCUCUCGAGACUCUUCCCUUGUGGACUGCCUUGAAUCCAGGCGCUCUACGACGCAGCUGCAGAGCGUCCCCCUUGUUUCAUCUGAGAGGCCUCAAGGGCUGACGAAGCUGCAGCAGCAGCAGCAGCAGCAGCAGCUGCUGCUGCUGCAACAGCAGCUGUGCCCGGGAGCUCGCCUUUCGCGGAGCCACAGCUACUGCAGCACGGCGCAGCAGGAGGGAGAGCCAGCAGCAGCAGCAACAGCAGCAGCAACAGCAGCAACAGCAGCGCUGCCGGAGCUCGAAACGCAGCUCGGCGCUGCUGUUGCCGUCCCCAGCAGCAGCAGCAGCAGCAGCAGCAGCAGCAGCAGCAGCAGCAGCAGCAGCAGCAGCAACCGCAACCGCAGCAGCAGCUGCCCAUCCCUUCUUACACGGCUGCGGGCACGGAGACAUCUUGCUGCUGCAACACAGGGGCUGCUGCCGCGGCUGGCGUCUCUCAGCAGCAGCAGCAGCAGCAGCAGCAACGGCAGACGCAACAGCACCCCGUCUCUGCUGCAGGUGCCUAUACAGCCGAGCGCCUCCCCGCAGCAGCAGCAGCAGCAGCAGCAGCAGCUGCAGUGGCAGCUACGGGAGCUGCAGCGGCUGGAGGAGGACGAUGUGGAAAGGCAACUGAGGCAGCAGCAGCAGCAGCAGCAGAAGCCGCAGCAGCAGCAGCAGCGGAAGGGCCGCUUCUCUUCUUGCAUGGCUUCUGCUUCCUUGAGAGCUUUGCUGCUGAAGUGCGGCAGCAUUGCCUGCGUGCUGCCGGAGGAUGACGAGGAGGAGCAGCGGCAGUGGGUGCUGCAGCUGCAGCAGCAGCAGCUGCAGCAGCAGCUGCAGCAGCAGCUGCAGCAGCGGCUGCAGCAGCAGCUCCAGCACCAGCAGCAGCACAGGAAGCAGCACCGCUCCCACUCCAGACCCUGCUGCACCCCGCAGCGAGAAAGGCAACACCGACAGACCCGGCUGCUGCAGCAGCAGCAGCAGCAGCAGCAGCAGCAGCAGCAGCAGUGCUGGGACCUCCCGCACCAACCCGACAGCGUACCUACACCGUGCAGCUCUAAUUUGCAGCUGGAGCAGCAGGUGCAGCAGCAGCAGCAGCAGCAGCAGCUGCUGCAACCGGAGCAGCAGCAACCCCACAGACGCAGCAGAAGCGCAGGCCACCCACACAGUCCUAGAUAUGAGCGGGCUGCAGCAGCAGCAGCUGCAGCAGCAGCAGCUGCAGCAGCAGGAGCUGCAGCUGAAACAGCAGCUGAGGCAGCAGUGGCAGCAGCAAGAGCAGCAGCUGCGACAGCAGCAGCAGCAGCACCUUCGCAAAAAGCCGAGGCGGCAGGGUCGCUGCUGCGGCCGGGGAGCCACUAG